GCACUUGUACCUCUCCUUCCCCCCCUUGAUGCUGCUAUCUGUCUUUUGUAGACCUAUUCGCAGAUCUUUAUUACCACCAUUAUCCAUUCAUAAACGUUUUAUUCGUCCAAACUCAAUACCCACAAGACAACCAAUAUUUCCAACUAAUACCGUUGAUCUGAAAUUACGCUGUACAGAAUUCGAUCAAUAUGGAAAAGUCAAAACAACAGCUGGUGAUAUUCGAAAAUCAGAAUUUUGUCAACAACAUUCAUUGAUGCCUCGAGAUUUACGCACUAUUGACACUCGUUCCCUUAACCAGAAACCAUCUAUACUUGUACGAUCCGAAGCUAUUUUGAUCAACAUGGCACAUAUGCGGGCACUAUUGAAAAGUGAUAUGGUGGUUCUUUUUGAUACCUUUGGAUCGACAGAUAGUUAUAACAAAAGUGUGUUUGUCCAUGAUCUUCAAGAACGACUUCGAUCACAAAAUGAUCAACUUCCAUUUGAAUUCAAAGCUUUGGAAGCUAUUCUCAUUUCAGUAACGUCGUCCAUGCAAUCGGAACUGGAAGCUUUGGAAGGACCUGUCAAUAGAUUACUCAGCGAUCUUGAAGGAUUGGUGGAUAUUGAAGAAGGGGUUAAUCAAGAAAGAUUACGGGAUUUAUUACAACUAUCAAAGAAAUUGUCCAAAUUUGAACAUGACGUAUCUUCUAUUCGGGAUGCUAUUGAUGAGUUAUUAGAAUAUGAUGAUGAUUUAGCAGCAAUGUAUCUUACAGCGAAAAAAUCUGGACAUCCAAGAGACGCAUCGGAUCAUGAAGAAGUAGAACUUUUAUUAGAAGCCUAUCUCAAACAAACAGAAGAAAUAACUAACGAAACAUCAAGAUUGAUUUCUAAUAUGAAAUCUACUGAAGAUGUUGUACAACUAACACUGGAUAUAUCUCGGAAUGCUUUGAUGUGGUUUGAUAUUCGAUUGACUAUGGUGACUCUAUCAGCAAGUGUAAUAAGCGUUUAUGGUGCCUUAUUUGGAAUGAAUUUUAAAAAUUACUUUGAAGAUGAUCCAUUUGCUUUUGGUCUUGUAUCUGGAAUAGCUUUAGUAUCUGGUGCUGGUGCCUUCCUUGUCACUUUACGAAAACUCAAAACCUUAGCUAGAAUUAGAUCAUAGAAUUACCUCAGAUAUUGAUUACCUUUUAUUUGUUUGUUUUGUAUAUAGCUUAGACAUUUUUUUUUCUCCCUUCUCUCUCAAUUUUUUAUAUAUAAUAUAAAAAAAAAUUGUAUGUGGAUCAAAAAACCUUGUGCCUUUUUCUUCAAUUUAGGUUGGUUGGACAUGAGUCACUGCGCGGUGAUCUAAAAUUGAUAACAAAAC